AUGCUCAUAAAACAAAUAAAAGGGGCAGGGCUUCGUUCUCUACGAGAUCAAGUUACACACAGGUCGUUGAGGUUCUGUUUGAAGUCGUGAGGACGAGAUAGUUCUGUCUUGUACGUCGAGAGGCCGGUACGAUGAGCGACGGAGUGUCGGAGCCUCCGUUAUCAGUAAAGACGGGGAGCAGUCUCACGGAGUCGGUCCCCGACAAAGUGGUGCUGGUAGGAGACGUGGGCGUAGGGAAGACGAGUCUGUUCCUGCGGUUCAAGACGGGCCAGUUCCACCAGACGACGCCGUCGCACAACCCCAGGGACGGCGAGCACCAGAAAGAGUGGACGCUGGGAACACGGAAGGUGUCGAUGACUCUGUUUGACACGGCAGGUAUCGAGCGCCACAUGAGUACAAUACCACCCACCUACUUUCGCUGGUCGAAAGUCGUCAUGCUGGUGUACAGCAUCGACGACUCUGAUACAUUUGACUCCCUCACCGGCUGGAGUGAGAACGCCAUCUCGGCCCGAGUGGGCGGCGAGACGCUAUUUGUGCUGGUCGGCAACAAACUUGACCUGGCGAGCGAGCGAAAAGUCCAAAAGAGUCGUGCCGUCACGUACGCGAGCAACAUUGACAUAGACAGUGAUAUGGUGUUUGAGGUUUCAGCCCUCAGUGGGGAGGGGAUGGAGCACAUGUUCAAUACAAUCGCGGCCAAGAUGGGCCCGGCGCUGCUUCAGACACCGGCGCAGGGAGGAAGGCAUGGGGAGGAGGGAUUGGUUGGAGGAGGGAGGCGGCCGAUAAAGAAAUGCUGUACAACUUAGUCACACCACCAAUUGUUUCUGUCCCUGUCCGUUUUUAUUGUACAUGAUUUUUUGAUUGAGCUGGAGUUGAUUUGACAAUGUUAUAUAA